AUGGCCAAAUCACAACAUAAGCAACAAGAGCCAACAAUAGCUGAAAGUUCAGAGACAGAAUCAUAUACAUCAUCAAAUAAAUUUCCUGCACAACAUAAAAAUCCAAAUGAUGAUAAGUCACUAAAUGAAUUAUUCAAUGAUUUACAAGAAGAAUUAAAUAAAACAUCCACCAAACCAACCCAAUCCUUAGCAACAAAUACCUUAGAUUCAAACGAUGAUUAUACGUCCAUAAAUUACGAUUUUAAAAAUUUAGAAAAAAAAAUAAAUAAUCUACCUAAAAUUCAAUCAAAUUUCGAAUCAUCAUCACAACAUCAAAACCCAAUAAAAAAAUCAUCAUCAAUACGAAUCCAUGAUCCAGUAGUAUCAACAACAAAGGACAAAUCAUCGAAAAAAGCAGACGCUGGAUCAAAAUGGUUCAAUAUGUCACAACCAGAAUUAACUCCUAAAUUAAAACAAGAUUUACAAAUUAUAAAACAAAGACAAGCAUUAGAUCCAAAAAGACACUACAAGAAGCAAAAAUGGGAAAUUCCACAAUUUUUCCAAAUGGGUACAAUAAUAGAAGGUAAUACUACUUAUUAUAAUAAAUUACAAAGAAAACAAAGAGGUAAUAAUUUAGUUGAAGAAAUUUUGAAUGAUGAUAAUACUAAAAAAUAUUUUAAACGUAAAUAUCAUGAAAUUCAACAAGAUAAAAUGAGUGGUAAAAAGAAUCAUUAUAAAAAGGUUAAAAAUGAUAGAAAGAAAUUUUGA